UUUCCCCACUGAGUCAGCACUCCUUCAGUGAGGGAAUGUGCGCAUGGUAACAAUUAGUUGACUGCCUCUUUAACAAGGCAAACGGGAGUCCGUAUUGAUCCAGAGAUCUGGAGAAUCAUACUCAGACCGUCUGAAAUCACAGCUUCACACGCUCAGGAACCAUGUCUGCUGUCUACCUCGUCCUCCUGCUGCUACCUCUAAUCUCGGCCCAGACUUUUCACUGGGGUCCAUGUCCCAAUCCGGCAGUGCAGCCCGGCUUCAUUGUUGAAAAAUACUUGGGAAAGUGGUAUGAGAUAGAGAAGCUUCCUGCUUCCUUUGCACGAGGAAAGUGCAUCGAGGCAAACUACGCCUUGAGGAAAGAUGGUACCAUCCGAGUGCUGAACUCCCAGUUCUAUAAAGAUAAAGUAAGGACAGCAGAAGGGACAGCUGUGAUUCGUGACAUGAGGGAGAUGGCCAAACUCGGAGUCAGCUUCUCAUACUUCACUCCCUACAGCCCAUACUGGGUCCUCACCACCGACUACACCAGCGUGGCUGUGGUGUACUCCUGCACGGACAUCCUCCGCCUGUUCCACGUCGACUAUGCCUGGAUCCUCUCGCGGUCACACUUCUUGCCUGCGGAGACGGUGCGCUACGCCAAACAGCUGCUGGUCAGAGAAGGAAUCGAUAUCUCCAGGAUGAAGGCCACUGAUCAGAACUGCAAGGACAUCUAGGGAAGAGCUGAUGGUCCUUGCAGAAAGAAUAUCUGGCUUCUCAGAUUCAGUACAUUUAUAUCCCACUAUUUCUGCUUUUGUUUUUUGAAAUGCAAAGAAGUAAUGUAACAAUAAUUUUCAAAGAAUUUGCUUAAAGAAGCAAUAUUUCAUUGUUUGAUUGCAGUUAUCUGCUAUUGUGAUAUUUACCCCAAGUCCAACAAACUAUAUUUUUCGAUUCUGUUUCUCUGUUAAAUGGUCAACCGGCUGAGGGUGGUGGUGUAUUUAAUAAAAAUCUAAACCACUGAAAGGUUCUUGAUUACUGCACUAUAAUGGUGUAAGUUACAUUUUCUGUAUCGUUUAAUAAAUAAUGCAUAAUU